UCCUAGUCACUGCAUCCAGGGGGUUAAUGAGACCUGAGAGAUGUAGAAAGUGAGGUCCUGUGUGAACUGAGGGCUCGUGAUGAGAGGGAGCAUGUGUGGAGCAUCUAGAGACCAGACCCCAUGUGUGAAAACUUCAGAGAAAGAAGAUAACAAGAAUGGCAACCUGAAGACACAAUGGCAGACAGCAGUUUAUUUUUUGAGCAAUACCUUCCACCUUUCUGGGCCUCUAUUUCUUUAUCUAUAAAGUAAUGAUAAUAAUAGUGACAUAGAUCCAAUGUGGUUAUCCUGAGAAUUAAAUUGUAUGGUGUCUAAUACCUCCUAAGCACUUGAAAAUUGUGAGCACUUGGUAAUAUUCAUUAUUUAUAUAAAAUUGAUAUUUAUAGUGUCUGGUACUUCGUAAGCACUUGAAAAAUAUAAGCUCUCGGUAAUAUUUAUUCUUUAUGUAAAAUAUUUGACUUAUAAACAAUACAAAUGUAUUCAUAUGGCAUUUAUUAAUAAUGAUAUAGAUAGAGCAGAACCUUCAUAGUUGACCACCUCCCUACAUUGACCACCUCCUUAAGUUGACCUAAUGUUUACCGACCAGACAUGCAACAAAUAUAACAUCAGUGCAGCAGGCCUAGUUCCUUAUGUUGACCACCUCUGUAUGUUGACCAGCUUGUUACAGUCCCUUGGGUGGUCAAUUUAUAGAGGGUCUACUGUAAUAACAAUUAGUAUCCAUUUGACUGCAACUAACAGGAAACUAAACUAAAACUGUCUUAAGCAAUGAGCAGAUCUCUCGGCUUAUAUAAUUGGAAGUCAAAAGGUGAUGCUUUAGGGCUGGUUGGAUCUAGGGGUGCCCAGGACCUCUGUGUUGGCUUAAUUUUCAGGCAACUAAUAACGGGCAACAAUAAUUCUGGGUCUCACAUCUACACAAAAUCAUGCCAUUGGGCAAGAGCCCAAGAGGUGUUUCCAGGAAUCUCCAUCAAAUCCUCCAUGUGUAUCUGUGUCAUUGCCCUGAAUUCCUAAAGAAAAAAUUUAGGAAUUUUCUAAAAUUAGGAAUAUCAGAAAAGAAGAUAGGAUUACCAGCAGGCGCAUCAAUUCCAACCCAUCCUUCCAGGGUCCGUGGGGUGCGUUUAUCUCUGUACAAUAUCAGGGUUCAUAACAAAAGGGGAUUACAAAAUGGAUAAAUGAAUACUAGUUAAAGAGAUAAAAAUGUGUACUAUCAAAUAUAAAAGAAAAGUGUACCAGAAGUGUACCACUUUUCCUUCUCCAAGGAAAAGUGAACCCCAUUCAGUUGUGCAAUGCAAACGUGAGAUGGCAUUUUAAAACAAGUUUUAAACACAAGUUGCAAUGAAGAUCUACAUAAAUGGGGGAAGAACAGCCCAGUGCAUUAGCAGCAGUUAAGGAGGAUGGCCUGGUACAUUACAAAUUAGAUUUAAACAAAUACAAAGGGGACUUGGAAGUAGAAACAUUGUUUCCUGUAGAAGAUGUUGGGCAGUAGAAUAACAAAGAAAAUAAAUGAAACUAAGAUGAUCAAGAAAACAAAACGCUAAGAAUAGGAGUUCGGACUAAGACCUGAAUGUUAGUUGGAUAGUUUCAUUAACCCGUGAGUGUGUACAGAUUAAUGACUUAAUAGAACCAAGCCUGUGAAUGCAUUUUAUAAUGUGUGCUCUUUGUUCUUAAAACUAAGUUUUCUUCCAAUUAAAUCUGACAUUAGAACAACGACUGACCCAGUCUUACAUACACCAGUUUUACGCAGAGAUUUUCGGCUCAUAUAGCCUCAAACAAACAAAAAUAAAAAACAAAUACUGCAUCCCCCAUCAAGUGCCAGCUUCUAGGCACUAUGGCUAAUGGUAUGAAGAUGAAUUUGAUACCCUAUGCACUUGGAUGUGUGUGUGUGAUGAUUUUGCAAGGUCAGCAUCACUGUCCAGUUUCUCUGGUAACACAUUCUCUUUCCAUGUAGUUCAGGUGGUGCUAGUGCCUGGAAAGAAAAUGAGGUCUAUGUUUCUGACCGCUUCUAACCAGUCUCUGGGAAUGGCCACAGUUAUCUGUCCAGCAAUGAAGGACCAGGCAGAGCUUUCCCUAGGAGUUAAUUAAGUGCCUUAGGGUUAUUUUGAUCUUAUAAUUUUUUUAAAUAAAAUUAUUUCAAAAUUUACUAAUUAUUUUAAGUUCUAGAAACUGUGUAUAGUGACAAAAAGGACAGCAAUUUAUCUGCCCCUGCUUCUGCUCUGCCCACUUCAGAUGUCAGUGAGUGUCAAAUAAAGGCAGUGAAGGAUGGCAAAAGCCAUUCUGAUUCAUUCAACACAUGAGUGCUUUUUAGGCACAAGACACUAUGUGAAACAUGGCCCUGUAUAAAAAGAUAAAUAAUACCCAGCCCUUACCCUCAAGGAUCUUACAACUUGGCAAGGGAAAUAAGUCACGCACACAGAUACCUGCAAUAAAAGGAAGAUAAGGAUUGCAGCCAGACGUUUGGGGAGAAUGAGCAGAGCAAAGAGAGAACACAGAACAAUGCAGCGUGUGACAGGAGGGAGGUGGGUGGGGCCUUGGUGUGUGUCACACUUUAUGGGGGCAAGACAUGAUUGCAAGAGGGAUUUUGCCUAGCAAUUGCAGUCAGUGUAACCUGGCUUAUUGUACCCUCAAUGAAUCCCCAACAAUAAAAAAAUAAAAUAAAAUAAAGAAAAUGGAAGCAUAGAGCCGAGACAUGCACAGGUGAAAUAUCAAGUGACAUUAAUUGUUAGCCAAGUCUCCAAAUGUUGCUUUAGUUACCAAGUUCCUAAGAAGUAGUUUGAAAUUAAAAACUAAACAAAGAUAUAAUGGUCUCUGACAAACACAGCCUGAGGUGCUGAUGCUUCAGUAUGAGGACCAUAGGAUGUGCGUUCACACGUAUGCCCUUCUAUAGCUUUAUUUUCUUCCUCCCCUUCACAUGAGCUGAUGCUACCUUAACAGGAUACUUUCUAAGCUAUCUGGUGUGUUAGAAUAGGUGAAUUAGAAGAAAAUUAUUUUGGCUCCAAUCAACAGAAAGAAAAUAGUAUAUAAUUGAAAAAAGUGCAGGUGGCAAUCCUUCGAACAUGGCUGGAUGCAGAAACUCAAGUGUUUUGAAUCAAAACUCUCUCUCUUCCUGUGGGGUUUAAAUUUCUCCCUGUUCAUGCGGAAGCCCCUGAACAACUUCAGGAUUAUGGCCUCACAGCUUCAGGACUUGCAGGAAGGAGAUGGGAUCCUCACGGCAUAAGUUGUGCAUCUGGGAAGUAGAGUUUUGAGUCUAAAGGUGAUGGACAUGCUUCUUGUACACAGAAUAGAUUUGUAUAUUAAUUAUAGCAUUGUUUUCUGGGAGAUGACAGUGAUAUAUCUCAUUCUUACAAAAUCAGAAUAGCUUAACAAUUUUCCAAAAGAGAUGCGUUCUGAGGACGGGCCGCAUUUUUAUCUGACUCAUGCAGACAUUUUCUCUGUUAUAGUUGCAGCCCUGUGACUGCCCCCUGGCUGCCCCUGCAAAAGCCAGGGGAUUAGCCCUGAAUGGCUCUGGCUGGCUCUCUGCCCAUCCUUGAACUCAGCACUGUAGCCAGAAGGAUCUGACAUUCUGAUUAGCCAGGCCUGGAUUCUAAGAAGUGUGAUCUGUUCUCCUCUAACCAUAAACUUUGAAAUGUCGGGAGGGACACAGCUAAAGAGAGAUGGAUGAGCCGUCUCCAGGUGGAAGAAGGAAUAGACAGUGAACAAGAAAAUAAAAACGUCUUCUAUGCCAGGAAACAUUUAUAGUGCUCUUUGGGUAUCCAAAAACUGGUCUUCUACACAUAAAGCAACAGAAAAUACUGGCCUAAAAAGAGUACUGUGGCUGAAGGAACAUGACCUAUUUUAACAGACGAGUUGAGAGUUAAAAGAUAACUUGGAGAGCAUCCAAUUCAAUCUCAUCAUUUUUCAGGUGGGGGAACUAAAACCCAAAAACCCAGACAGAGGAACAGAAGUGCCAAUAGCACACAAGUAUUUGGUGACAGAGACAGCCACUGCCUGUCUGCUGACAUUGUGUGUGUGCAAAAAAAAAAAAAAAAAUUGGUUCUCUUCAUUACAUCAUCAUCAUCAACAAAAAAAAAAUAUAUUCUUGUGUCUGGUUUUCUCUCCACCCUUCUAAUCCUAAUCCGUUUCUGCUGUAUCUCUAACCUCUCCAUAUGGUUUUGCUGCAUUCCAACAGAAAGCCUCAGCAAGAGUUGAGUUAACCUCCUUGAGUCCAUUGCUGUCCCCAAAGACAGAGACGUUAAUUUUCCUUACAUAGAAACUAGGGACCACUUGUUGCUUUCAUGGACCAAGUUUGGGCUGGGCCUGCAGGAGGAUGUACCUUUCCUAAAGUGCUUCUUAAUUGCACUGCAACCUGUUCUGGCAUCCUGGCUUUGCCCUAAAUCCCCAGGCAGAGAAAAAGACAUUUCCGAUCACUAGGAGACUUCUGCAGCAGCCCCCCCACGUCCCCCUUUCUCCUACCAUCAACUCUUUGCUGCUGUUUCCUACCAGCAAAUGCCUGUCAGCAGCUCAGAAACGUCUCUGGAAAUAGGUAGGAGGGAGCCUUACACCUGUCAGCGCCGGGGAAGAAAAGUGCGCUCUGCAGAGUUCUUAGUUGUUCCGUCUCUGGCGGUGAAGAAAAGAAAAGGGAUGACUCGGAGGUUUCCAGCCACAACCUCCCUGGGAUCGCGGUCAGUUCACCAGGCUCUUGUUGCUGGCGACCUCUUGAUGACCGAGGAUGUGCUCCCAUCCCUAACGUUUGGUCUUGGCUUGGGUUUCUCCCCCUGGCUAGUCCAAUGCCGGGCGCCAGAGACGUUGCUGGGUAAAGGUUCUUUUAAGUCAUGAAUCAGGCUCCUGUGUGCAUGUGUGGGUUUUUUUUUUUUUUAGUAAAAACUAGCACAGGCGGAUCAGCAGUAGAGAGGGUCUCCUCGCGCCUCUCCUGCACUGGUUUCUCCGCCUCCAGACGCGCUCUUGUUCUCCCAGAGCUAUGAGUCCAGGCUACCCACCUAGGGGUUGGGGGCAGCCAGACCCCCUCAUGCUCGCCCAUCCCGGGGCGGAGGACACCCAUGUCCAGAAAGUGGCCGUGGGUGCAGGUAGGUAAAAGCCUUCCGCAGUGAGUUGGGGGCAGGAGCUCGGCCCUCGCCUGCGACCCGCUGUCCCUAGAUUGCCUGAGGACCACGAAACUCCCCCAGCGAGGAAACCUCCCCCAUCCUGCCCCAGCCGCCCACCCACUCCGCCCCUUACCUCAGUACGCAGCCCCUCCCUGCGUGAUGAUGCAAACCAGCGGGGAGGGCGGGCGCCGGGAAGGGUGGGGAGAGCUGGAGAGUAAGCUAAGGAGGGAGGGAGUGGGAGGAGGAGAAGGAGCCCAACGACCAUUUAAAGCGAUAGCAAUCCCUGCCCUCUCCCCAGUGCUGGGCUGUAGGAGAGCGCGAGCCGCGAGCCGCAAGCCGGGGAGCGCGAGCGCGGCGCGCCGGCCGGCGAACCCCACAGCGCCAGGCGCCCCGGGCUGGCAGGCGCCGCGGGACUCCCCCCACCUGGUUCGGCCACCCCUCUCCGCACGCCUCCACCCUCCGUGCCUGCAGAAGCCACUGGGCUUCCCCAGAGGAGCUCACCCCAGGGGCCUGGACCUCGGCGAGCCCGCCACUGUCCCCUCUGGCGCCGCCGCCGCCACGGCAGCAGCCGGAGCAGCAUGGUCCAGCUGGGGAAGCUGCUCCGCGUCCUGACUUUGAUGAAGUUCCCCUGCUGCGUGCUGGAGGUGCUCCUCUGCGCGCUGGCGGCGGCGGCGCACGGUCAGGAGAUGUACGCCCCGCACUCCAUCCGGAUCGAGGGGGACGUCACCCUCGGGGGACUGUUCCCGGUGCAUGCCAAGGGUCCCAGCGGAGUGCCCUGCGGAGACAUCAAGAGGGAGAACGGUAUCCACAGGCUGGAGGCGAUGCUUUACGCCCUGGACCAGAUCAACAGUGAUCCCAACCUACUGCCUAACGUGACGCUGGGCGCGCGGAUCCUGGACACUUGUUCCAGGGACACUUACGCGCUCGAACAGUCGCUCACUUUCGUCCAGGCGCUCAUCCAGAAGGACACCUCCGACGUGCGCUGUACCAACGGCGAGCCCCCGGUUUUUGUCAAGCCGGAGAAAGUAGUUGGAGUGAUUGGGGCUUCGGGGAGUUCGGUCUCCAUCAUGGUAGCCAACAUCCUGAGGCUCUUCCAGAUUCCCCAGAUCAGUUACGCGUCAACAGCACCUGAACUGAGUGACGACCGGCGUUACGACUUCUUCUCUCGGGUGGUGCCCCCUGAUUCCUUCCAAGCCCAGGCCAUGGUGGACAUCGUAAAGGCCCUUGGCUGGAAUUAUGUGUCUACUCUCGCAUCCGAAGGAAGCUAUGGAGAGAAAGGUGUGGAGUCCUUCACGCAGAUUUCCAAAGAGGCAGGUGGGCUCUGCAUUGCCCAGUCCGUGAGAAUCCCCCAAGAGCGCAAAGACAGAACCAUUGACUUUGAUAGAAUUAUCAAACAGCUCCUGGACACCCCCAACUCCAGGGCCGUCGUGAUUUUUGCCAACGAUGAGGAUAUAAAGCAGAUCCUUGCAGCAGCCAAGAGAGCUGACCAAGUGGGCCACUUUCUGUGGGUGGGAUCCGACAGCUGGGGAUCCAAAAUAAAUCCCUUGCACCAGCAUGAAGAUAUCGCAGAAGGAGCCAUCACUAUUCAGCCCAAGAGAGCGACUGUGGAAGGAUUUGAUGCCUACUUUACAUCCCGCACCCUUGAAAACAACAGGAGAAAUGUAUGGUUUGCUGAAUACUGGGAGGAAAACUUCAACUGCAAGUUGACGAUUAGUGGGUCAAAAAAAGAAGACACGGAUCGCAAAUGCACAGGGCAGGAGAGGAUUGGAAAGGAUUCCAACUAUGAGCAGGAGGGUAAAGUUCAGUUCGUGAUUGAUGCCGUCUACGCGAUGGCUCACGCACUUCACCACAUGAACAAGGAUCUCUGUGCUGAUUAUCGGGGCGUCUGCCCAGAGAUGGAGCAAGCUGGGGGCAAGAAGUUGUUGAAGUAUAUCCGCAAUGUUAAUUUCAAUGGUAGCGCCGGCACUCCAGUGAUGUUUAACAAGAAUGGAGAUGCACCUGGGCGUUAUGACAUCUUUCAAUAUCAGAUGACAAACACCACCAACCCUGGCUACCGUCUGAUUGGACAGUGGACAGAUGAACUUCAGCUCAAUAUGGAAGACAUGCAAUGGGGGAAAGGGGUGAGGGCGGUCCCUGUCUCCGUGUGCACCCUGCCGUGUAAGCCGGGGCAGAGGAAGAAGACGCAGAAGGGAACCCCUUGCUGCUGGACCUGCGAGCCCUGCGACGGUUACCAGUACCAGUUUGAUGAGAUGACAUGCCAGCAUUGCCCCUACGACCAGCGGCCCAAUGAAAACCGAACUGGCUGCCAAGACAUCCCCAUCAUCAAGCUGGAGUGGCACUCCCCCUGGGCCGUCAUCCCCGUCUUCCUGGCCAUGCUGGGCAUCAUCGCCACCACCUUCGUCAUGGCCACUUUCAUCCGCUACAAUGACACGCCCAUCGUCCGGGCGUCCGGGCGGGAGCUCAGCUACGUCCUUCUAACAGGCAUUUUUCUUUGCUACAUCAUCACUUUCCUGAUGAUCGCCAAACCUGAUGUAGCGGUGUGCUCUUUCCGGCGAGUUUUCCUGGGCUUGGGGAUGUGCAUCAGCUACGCUGCUCUCUUGACCAAAACAAAUCGUAUUUAUCGCAUAUUUGAGCAAGGCAAGAAGUCAGUGACAGCGCCCAGACUCAUCAGCCCCACGUCGCAGCUGGCCAUCACCUCCAGUUUGAUAUCAGUUCAGCUGCUGGGUGUUUUCGUUUGGUUCGGGGUCGAUCCCCCCAACAUCAUCGUAGACUAUGACGAACAUAAAACCAUGAACCCUGAGCAGGCCCGAGGGGUCCUCAAAUGCGAUAUCACAGACCUCCAGAUCAUUUGCUCCUUGGGGUACAGCAUCCUUCUCAUGGUCACAUGCACUGUGUACGCCAUCAAGACUCGGGGUGUACCCGAGAAUUUCAACGAAGCCAAGCCCAUCGGGUUCACCAUGUACACCACAUGUAUAGUAUGGCUUGCCUUCAUUCCAAUUUUUUUUGGCACCGCUCAAUCAGCGGAAAAGCUCUACAUACAAACCACCACGCUUACAAUCUCCAUGAACCUAAGUGCGUCAGUGGCGCUGGGGAUGCUUUACAUGCCGAAAGUGUACAUCAUCAUUUUUCACCCUGAACUCAAUGUGCAGAAACGGAAGCGAAGCUUCAAGGCGGUAGUCACAGCAGCCACCAUGUCAUCCCGGCUGUCACACAAACCCAGUGACAGACCCAACGGUGAGGCAAAGACAGAACUCUGUGAAAACGUAGACCCAAACAACUGUAUACCACCAGUAAGAAAGAGUGUACAAAAGUCUGUUACUUGGUACACUAUCCCACCAACAGUAUAGCUUUUGACUGCUUUCCAAAAGGCCCUGCUGCAAAAAAGAAGUAUGUCAGUUAUAAUAACCUGGUUAUCUAACCUGUUCCAUUCCAUGGAACCAUGGAGGAUGAAGACCUUAGUUAUUGCAUCAUCCAACCUGGCACAGGACUUUUUUGGUCCUACUCGCUUCCCAUCACCGGAGGAGCUUCCCCACCGGAAGACCAAUGUUAGAGGAUCCAAGUGUCCUAAACAGCUGCUUUAUGAGAUAUCCUUACUUUAUCUUGGCUUAAUAAGUCACUGGCAUCAGCACUGCCAACUCGGCUGCAAUUUUGGAACUUCCCUACCAAAGGGAGUGUUGAGACUCAAGUCCCACCCGGGCUCUUUCAGAUGAACCCCUGAGAGCCACAGGACCUUUUUGGGGCUGACCUGUCUUUCUACGUAUGUACUUCCGGGUUGCAAGGUUUUGAAAUUUUCUGUACAGUUUGUGAGGACUUUUGCACUUUGCCAUCUGAUGUCGUACCUCGGUUCACUGUUUGUUUUCAAAUGCCCUGUUUUCAUAGAACCCUAUUCUCUCAGACAGUGGAAUAUUCAGAAAACAAUUAAAAUAGUUGAAAGAUCUCAGCAGACUGAACAAAAUAUACAUCUGCACAUGACUGUAUAAUUAUAAUUAUAGUACCACUGCAAACCAUGCUAUUUUUUUUAAGACAAAAAAGAUAUUUAAAGACCAAAAACUGUGCUGAGAAAGAAUGCCCCACCUAUCUUUGGGAUAGGAUAGGUUACAGGAAAGGAAGAUAUUGGCUGAACUGAACAGAGGUCUUGAUCCUUGGAAUGCAUGCCAGUAAUGCGUUUUACAGUACCUGUUUAUUUUGUUCAAUAUUUGUAUUUGUGUUCUUUUUGUUUCUUUAAUUAGGGUAUAUGGAUAUUUUGCAAUAAUUUCAAUAAUUAUUAAGCUGUUUGAAGGAAGGAAUAAUGGCUUUUUCACGUCUGAGGUUUUGUUCAUGCCCCUCUUUGACUGACCAGUGUGAUAAGGACUUAAAAAAAAAAAAAGCAUGUAUGUUUUCUACUGUUUGUAAUAAGUACUUUCGUUAAUCUUGCUGCUUAUGUGCCAAUUUAGUGGGAAAAAUACAAAAACAAAAAAAACCCUUGCUGAAAAAUUCCCUCUUUCCAUUCUAUUUCGAUUCUGUGAUAUUGUCCAAGAAUGUAUCAAUAAAAUACUUUGGUUAAC